GGAGUUUGAUGAUAUCUCUGGAGCUUUUCCAUAGAUCCCCACAGCAUUCCAAGCAUUCAGAGUGGGACUUGAGCCAGGAUCUAGGAGACUGCAGCUUCAUUUCAUACAUCCUGGCCUCCUCCUGAGUAGAUUCUAUUAAAAGCACAAGCUAUAUGGACAUGGCUUUAUGCCUUGGCCAGGUGUUCAGCAAAGACAAGACUUUCAGGCCUCGGAAACGCUUUGAACCAGGCACACAGCGCUUUGAGCUAUAUAAGAAGGCCCAGGCAUCGCUGAAAUCUGGACUGGAUCUCAGGAAAGUUGUGCAGCUGCCUGAAGGAGAGAACAUUAAUGACUGGAUAGCCGUGCACGUUGUGGAUUUUUUCAACCGCAUUAACUUAAUCUAUGGAACAGUUAGUGAGUUCUGCAGCGAGAGAACUUGCCCUGUUAUGUCUGGAGGCCCUCGCUAUGAAUACAGAUGGCAAGACGGGGACCAGUAUAAGAAGCCCACCAAGCUGCCAGCCCUCCAGUAUAUGAAUCUGUUAAUGAAUUGGAUCGAAUCACUUAUUAACAAUGAGGACAUCUUUCCUACCCGUGUAGGGGUCCCUUUUCCAAGGAACUUCCAGCAAGUGUGUAAAAAGAUUCUAAGUCGGCUUUUCCGAGUGUUUGUGCAUGUUUACAUUCACCACUUUGACAGCAUCUGCAACAUGGGAGCUGAGGCUCAUGUCAACACCUGCUACAAACACUACUACUACUUUAUCUCUGAAUUCAGUCUCAUUGAACACUCCGAACUGGAACCACUGAGAGCCAUGACAGAGCGGAUCUGUAACUGAAGUUGGAAAUAAAAAAAAUCAGAAGUAUUUAAACCAAGGGAACAAUGUAUAUUUUACUUAAGAUUGCCUUACUGUAUUAGGAUUUAAUUCUACUAGAUGAGCCACAUAAUUAG